UUAGGAGCAUUCCUUGCCAACCACUUGUAUGUAGCAUUCUUUUCACAUGAUUUUUUGUUUCUAAUAUUAUUAUUUGAAGUUUGAACAGGUCAAGGCAAUGCAUGAUCAAAAGUUCAUGUCAAACAACAAUAGAUACAUAAAUCCAGAUUGUGAGAGUUAUGAAUUAAAAUGUUAAAUCAGUUAUGGGUAGGAGGAGCACCUGAAAGAUUUGCUCGUCGUCCUAAAGCAGGGCUUCAAGUUCUUGGUUCAACCAAAGAUAAGCCUCCCCCUGGUUCUUGGUCACAAAUUUCACCUUCAGUCUUCCAUCUUCGCGGAGAAAAUUUUUUCAGAAAUAAGGAGAAAUGUCCUGCUCCAGAUUUCAGCCCUUAUGUACCUAUGGGUGUAGAUUUAUUUUUGUGUCCAAGGAAGGUAAAUCACAUUGCUCAACAUCUUGAACUUCCCUUUGUAAAAGAACAUCAGAAUGUACCUUCUCUCCUUAUUGUUAAUAUACAGUUACCAACAUACACACCAUCCAUGUUUCUUAAUGAUGGUGAUGGGGAAGGAAUGAGCCUUGUAUUAUAUUUUAAAUUGUCCGAGAAUUUCGACACUCAGAUUUCUCCACACUUUAAGGAGAGCAUCCGGAAAUUGGUGAAUGAUGAUAUGGACAAGGUGCAAGGGUUUACGAAAGACAACUUGGUUCCAUUUAGGGAGAGGCUAAAAAUUUUGGCUGGGGUGGUUAAUCCAGACGAUCUUACUCUUACUGCUGCAGAGAAGAAGUGUAUAGAUGCCUACAAUGGCAAGCCAGUGCUUUCACGCCCUCAUCACAAUUUCUUUAAGGGACCUAAUUAUCUAGAGAUUGAUCUGGAUAUACAUCGCUUUAGCUAUGUAUGUAGAAAAGGGCUUCUUGCAAUUCGAGACCAUUCAAAAAAUGUAAUACUCGAUGUAGGUUUAACUAUUGAGGCACAUAAACAGGAGGAACUUCCAGAGCAAGUGUUGUGCAGCUUACGCUUGAAUAAGAUUGAUUUUGCUAACCAUGGCCAAAUUCCUACCAUUGUAGCUAAGAAUGGAAAUUGAUUUAUGCAGGCAUGGUCAAAAAAGGUUAGAAAAACGUGUGAAUUUGGUGCUAGAUCGGUUCACUUAACAACUGAAGGGGAAAAAAAAAAGAAAAAAAAAAAAAAAGACAGAAAAAGGA